GUCAAAUUGCAAAAUGGCGAAGUCGACUGAUUGGAAGAAAAAUAUAUCACAGAGUUUGAAAUUACGAAAUAAAAAAGAGCGACAUGAAUUCGCAGAUUUAAUUGAAUCACAAAAUAAGUUGUUUGAGCAAGUGGCCUCUCUCAAGACCAGGAAUAUGCAGCUCACCAUUGAGACAGAGAGACUCAAGUCAGACAAUCUCAGCUUGCAGAUACGAGCAGACAGUGGUGGAGGAGGAGGGGGCCCUGGUGGCAGUGAGAAAGUGGCACUCCUGGAGCAGAGACUCUGGAAACUAAGCGAGGAGCUGACAGAGAUGCACAGGCGAAGAGGGGAGAAUGCUCAACAAAUCAUAGACCUAACUGCUGCCAUGAAAGAAAAAGAGAAAGAACUUCAAACAAAAGAUGCCAAGCUGAUGGAUGCUUUGGCUGUAGAGAACAGUCUACGAGCAGAGAUGAAACAUUUGGAGAGAACCAUUACAGAGUUGGAGGCUACAAACCAGACCCUUAAAGAUGAACACCAGGCACUACAAAUGGCGUUUACAUCCCUUGAGGAGAAAUUUCGCAAACUCCAGAGUGACAAUGAUGAACUUAUGGCGCGAUGGCUUCAACAAAAGAUGGAACAGGCCGAAGUUUUAAAUCGUGAAAAUGACAACUUUAUAAAACACAGACAAUUACUUCUACAAAAGGAAUUGGCCGAGGCAGCUAAAGAAAAUGUGAAUGUCCCUGAAGGAGAUGAGAACAUAAGGGGGAUUCCACAGAUCUGCCUUAGUGCUUCCAUACCUACAAAAGCUCAAUGCAAACUGGACGCCCACGACGGUGAAGUAAACGCCGUAUUGUGGAGUCCAACAGGCAGCAUGUUUGCCACCGGCGGCUCCGACCGAAAAAUUAAACUUUGGGACUACAAUGCUGGUCAGUGUUCAUGUAAAGGCAUGUUGACGGGAAGUAACGCAGGUAUUACUAGUCUUGAAUAUGACCUUGAUGAGAGCCAUAUACUCGGAGCGUCAAACGAUUACGCGUGUAGGCUUUGGUCAAUUGCAGACCAGAGAUUGCGGCACACAUUGACGGGCCAUAGUGGAAAAGUUUUGUCAGCAAAAUUCCUUGGAGAAAAUAGCAAGGUUGUGUCAGGCAGCCAUGACAGGACACUCAAAAUAUGGGACCUCCAUACUAAAGCAUGUAUUAAAACCAUAUUUGCCGGGUCAAGUUGCAAUGAUUUAGUCACGCUACAUGGGACGCACAUAAUCAGCGGCCAUUUUGACAAGCGUGUACGGUUCUGGGACACAAAAUCAGAUAACACGAGCAACGAGAUAGGACUUCAUGGCAGAAUUACCUCCCUUGCUUUGUCACCGGACCGCACAUCAUUAUUAGUUUGUACACGAGAAGACACCUUAAAAGUGAUAGAUUUACGCCAAAAUCAAGUUAUUUAUACUCUAUGUGAUGACAAUUUCAAAGUGGGCUACGACUGGUCACGUGCGGUGUUCAGCCCGGAUGGCACGUAUGCGUGUGCAGGGUCCAGUGACGGGACGCUCUUCAUCUGGAACAUCGCACGAGGCAAGGUGGAGAAAACUCUUAAGGAACAUACGCACUCAAUCCUGGCCUGUUCCUGGCAUCCAGCUGGCUCGUACAUUCUCAGUUCCGAGAAACAGAAGAAAGUUGUUCUAUGGUCAGACAUCUAGCCAGGACUCUUCUGAUCUCAUACACAAAUGGACUCAGCUUUAAGUCUCACAUUUCAUGGGUUUGGAACACAUUUGUGCACCACAAUAAAGCUUUUUAAAAUUACAUCACUUAGUGAUUUUAAUAAAAAGUAUUUUAUUCAAUUAAUUAAGGAUGACUAUAAAAUCAAGCAUUCUUUCAUCAAUAUAAUAUGUUUUUAGAUUGAAAGUCCUUUCUGAUUAAGAAUGGCCACAUGUUUUAUGGAAAUAUAUCUUGCCAAAUUAUUGAAGGUAUAUGAUUAACAAUUAUGUGAUAUUUGGAUGCUUGGUGACCCCAUAUUAACCCUUUGCAUGCUGGGUAAAUUGUCGUCUGCUCAAAAAUGUCGUCUGGUUUAUUCUAAAUUUCUUUCAAUUUACUUAAAACUUUGUGGAUAUAUUGACUGAGUGGCAAACAGCUUGGAACCUGACCAGGCGCUGAGUUACUCGGCGUCUGGUCUGGUUCCAAGCUGUUUGCAAAGCCUUUAAAAUCGCCAUCAGCAGCCUAAGGGUUAAUUUGGUUUUGUUUGAAAGGGAUUUAUAUGCAGAUAAAGAAUAUACCUAAAAUAGAUGCAUUCAUAAAUCUCCUUUGCAGAAGAGAUUGACAAGACAGGUUUAUUAGUUUAAACUUUAUUUAGGCCUAAAAAAACCCUGACCGUACCUUUAAAAAUGUGCCGACCCUAACUAUUUUUUUCCGUUUCUGAGCAAAAAAAUAAUUUGUUAGCGAAUAGAGAGUUACAAAGGGCGGAUAAAUGCAGGUUUUAAUCAGAAUUAUUGUUUAUAUGAUAAAACAAAGUCAGGUAAUGACAGUAAUGUAGGAAAGACUUCCAUGUGCAAGAAAACACUCUGAACUUACGACAGAUUUUGAAAAAAAAAUUAAAAAAUCCCUACCUACCCUACCUAGAAAUUUUGGGAAGGUUACCCUAAACAAACAUUUUUUUUUUUUUUGGCCUUAUUUGAUUAUAAAACAAACAUUCAUACGUUAUUUGUAUAGAAAUGAAUUACAUCACAUUGUGUUUGAGGAUUAGAAAAGACAGAUAAAUUGGCCUUGAACGAUUUUGACAUGAAUCAAUUCACUUCCAAUUUCAGUUUGUUUUUCAUUAAACAUUUAUUUAAACAUUAUAUUUUUUACAACAAUUGUCUAGAAAGUUCUGAUAACUUAUACUAAAUCACUCUUAUUGGCAAGAUGUUGUGCAAGAGUGUGGUCUUGUGUUGUGGGGGAAACCGGAGCACCCGGAGAAAACCCAUUUGAUAGAUAAAGCAUUUACCUGUAAAUUGAUACUGAAAUUAUAUGGGGUCAAAAGGCAUCUAUAUUUAACAUUAUUGUAACCAUUUCAUUUUUGGUAAGAUUGAAUUAAUCUUGAUAGUGUUGUCAAAUAUUACUCAGCAAAGUUUUGUGUACAAUGUAAUCUGUUUGGUAAUAGAUAUUCCAUAUUGGACCUUAUUUCAAGACAAAUUACAAAUUUGAAAAUUAUUUCACAUGAUACUACAUGUAGUUGUCAUAUUGGCUAGCAUUUUAAGGUUUUGUUCAGAUUUAAAUGAUAUUUUUACUGAAGAAACGCAAGUUUUCCAAGUGCUUGAUAUAAUUAUGUAUGAAAAAGGCUUGAAAAGGGUACUUUCCUCAUUUUCACUGCCGUCUGGGGCCUGUGCUUCAGACUCAAGAUUCAAAACUGUAUAUUUUAAUUUUGUUGUAAAUCGGCUCUUAUUAGAUCAAUAACGGUCAAAAAGCCGUAUCUGUUCCAAAAGACCUGUUCAACAUUGACCACACAUCUUUUGUCAAAAAUAGUUAUAUUAAAGAUAUUUCGAAACAUUCAAGAAUUCACUUCUCCAGAUAUUGUGAAUUUUGGCCCUGUUCAAUUACAUGACAUUCAUGUUGAUGUGUUCAUUGAAAUGUAUUACAAAGUGUGCUAUUUUCUAUCCUAUAUAUUUUUUCUCCAAGGCUUUUUCAUGUUGCUAAUUUUUAUACGGAAUGUAUUGACUCAUGAGGGUUUUGAGGGUAAGAUUUAGUGAUCUUCAUCACUGAUUGACAUUGAAAUUUAGCUCUUCUGGUUAUCAAUGUAAAAAGUAGAGUUUUUGUCAUAGCCUAGGUGUUGUCUGCGUCAUCUUCUGUAUCAUCAUCUGUGGUAUCAUCUGCAUCUCCAUCUGUGGCAUCUUCUAUGUCAACGUCUUUGUCAUUGUCAGUGACAUCAUCUGUAAAAUCGUCUGUGUCAUUGUCAGUGACAUCAUCUGUUACAUCGUCUGUGUCAUUGUCUGUGUCAUCUUCUGUUACAUCAUCUGUGACAACCUCUGUGACAUCGUCUGUUACAUCAUCUGUGUCAUUGUCUGUGUCAUCUUCUGUGACAUCGUCUGUUUCAUCGUCUAUGUCAUGGUCUGUGACAACCUCUGUGACAUCAUCUGUGUCAUCAUCUAUGUCAUGGUCUGAGACAUUGUCUGUAUUGUUGUCAGUGUCGUUGUCUGUUUCAUUAUUGUCAUAGAACAAAACUUGAACCUUUGCCAUAACACAAAACCUUUUAUUGACAAUAUGCAUACAACCUGAUAACUGUGGCAUUAAUUAUUGCUAAGUA